CCGGCCCGACCCGGCGCGGCGCGGCGCGGCCCGCGGGGAGCGCUGCCCUCUCCCGGCCGCGGGGCAGGACGAGCGCGGCGCCGAGCGGAGCGGAGCGGAGCGGCGAGGCGCGGAGCGAGCGGGGUCGCCCCAGCGGUGCGCGGGGCCGGGCUGCGGCGCUGUGACCUUCACCGCGGGCCUUUUCUCUGUGCCUCGGGAGGGGGUGUGACUCAGCCCACGCCAGCACCAUGGCGUCGCGCAUCGGCCUGCGGAUGCAGCUCAUGCGGGAGCAAGCCCAGCAAGAGGAGCAGCGGGAGCGGAUGCAGCAGCAGGCCAUGAUGCAUUACAUGCAGCAGCAACAGAUGCCAGUAGCACCCACACCGGCCAUCAACACUCCAGUCCCCUUCCAGUCGCCGCCAUCUGUGCCAGGAGAGGUCUUAAAGGUUCAGUCAUACCUGGAGAACCCCACCACGUACCACCUGCAGAAGUCGCGGGACAAGAAGGUCCAGGAGUAUAUCUCUGAGACAUACGGGAACAAGUUUGCUGCUCACAUCAGCCCAAAGCCUCCCCCGGCCGCCUCGCCUGGGGUGAGGCCCAGCCAUGUCAUGUCAUCUUCAGCAGGCAACAGCGCUCCCAACAGCCCCAUGGCGAUGCUCAACAUUAGCUCCAACCCGGAGCGGGAGAUAGAUGAGGUCAUUGAUGACAUCAUGCGUUUGGACGAUGUUCUGGGCUAUAUUAAUCCAGAAGUGCAAAUGCCUAACACCCUGCCGAUGUCCAGCAGUCACAUGAAUGUGUAUAGUGGUGACCCCCAGGUGACGGCCUCUCUGGUGGGCGUCACCAGCAGUUCCUGCCCUGCCAACCUCACUCAGAAGAGAGAAAUGACAGAUGCCGAGAGCCGUGCCCUGGCUAAAGAGCGUCAGAAGAAGGACAAUCACAACCUGAUUGAGAGAAGGCGAAGGUUUAACAUCAACGAUCGCAUCAAAGAACUUGGAAUGCUGAUCCCCAAAGCCAAUGACCUGGAUGUACGCUGGAACAAAGGGACCAUCUUGAAGGCCUCUGUUGACUACAUCAAGAGGAUGCAGAAGGACUUGCAGAAGUCACGGGAUCUGGAGAAUCACUCUCGGCGCCUGGAGAUGUUGAAUAAGCAGCUCUUGCUCCGUAUCCAGGAGCUGGAGAUGCAGGCUCGCAUCCAUGGGCUGCCAACCUCCUCGCCCUCCGGGGUGAAUGUGGCAGAACUGGCUCAGCAAGUUGUGAAGCAAGAGGUCAGCAGAGGAGAGGAUGGGUCGACAGAGCCUCAGCAGCGUCAGCCACAUCCUGACCAGGAGACACAGCCACAGCCAUCCCUCCCGCCACCACCUCAGUCUCCUUACCACCAGCUGGACUUUACCCACAGCCUGAGCUUUGACGAUGGCCCCAGCGGGUUCCAUGACCAGCUGGACCCUGGCCACAACGCCUCCUUCCCUUCUCUAUCCAAGAAAGAGCUGGACUUGAUGCUGAUGGAGGACACCAUGCUGCCCCUGGCUUCUGACCCUUUGUUCUCUGCCAUGUCUCCCGAGGCCUCCAAGACCAGCAGUCGCAGGAGCAGCUUCAGCAUGGAGGACACAGACAUGCUGUGACGAGGAGCCACUCAGACACUGGGGAAAAGGACUAGGAGUAAGGCCUGUUUGUGAAGACACAUCCUCACCCAGGAAGCCCCUGAUCAGCACUUGAGUCUACACCUCUCAAUGCAAGGGUGGUAGCAGCUGAAAGGUUUGUUGGGAGAACAAGACCUUAGUUGCUAUAACUACAUCUUGCCAACGUGCCAUUGACUGAGCAGACCUCCUUGGCUUGCCAUGGCAUUACAGUGUUGAAUGCAGAUUGACAGCACCGCUCCAGAGAGCAGAUCCUCAGCUGCCUUGCUUUUCAGCUAAACUCCCUGCAAACCUCGCACCCUGCAAGGGGUGGAGGCUGGAAACCAGUGUAAGGAGUCCCUCUGAAGGGAACAGGGGGGCUUUGAUGCUCAGAGCUUCCCUCUGUGAUUGUGCAUCUAUCCAGGCUUCGGCACAGGAACCUGUGCCCCCUCAAAGUCUUCCCAAGCCCUGUAUGCUGUUCCCUUCUGCUGCUGCUGGCAAUGGCUGCCUCGUGGCACCGUCCCAUGUUGGGAUUCCUCUUCCCUUCCCAAGCAGGGAUGCCUAGUAUAUCUGAGGGGAGGGCACGGUGCUCUUGGUCACCAGGGUGCCUGGAGGCACAUUUCUCAAGGUGCAUUGGAUAAGAAAUCGGGAGGGAGAGGAGGGGACUGAUCUGAGCAAAUUCUCUAGUGGUCACGUGCAUUUUCAAAGUUGGGAGCCCUGACUUUGAGAACGUACUUGUGAUGACUGCCAAGGUACCGCUGUGCUGGGCCUAUCUCCAGUGAACCCCUAAAUCUCAAAGCGCCGUUUGGUUGAAGCCACCAAUGUGCCUGAUUUACAAUGAGAAAUUGCUGAAGUUAUCUGACCCUGGCCUUUGGUUCUGCACCAGCACUGAUGGGUGUCCACCAUUUGGCAUUCAGUAAUCAUUCAGUGUCUAUCUGGCACUCUCAAACGUCACUUUAAGAUUUUGGGUUUCAUGUGAACUGAAACUUGGAGGGGUGGGAGGGUAGGGGGGUGGGGAUGAGUGUGCAAACCUUCACGAUGAACCAAAACUGCAAACAGGCUUUUGCCUUCGCCCCUGUGCACUGAAACCCUUGGUUUUGGGCAAGAAUCUCGCUCCCGUUAAACUGUCGCCAAAAGCUAGCAAGCCAGAAGGCAACUCCUAACUUCUAAAUAACCAGAUCAGAUGCCCUCAGUGUACACCCAGACCCCUUCUUCAGCUGAGACGCUUGUUGAAGUCAGUGGGCCACAUCCUGGAAAGCUUGGAGUGCCCUCUGCUCCCCCUGAAAUCAAAUAGUCUUGUCUUUACCAAGGUAUGUUCCUUUGUUGUCUUUUCGUGUCCAUUAUUCAGGCAAACCCCCCAGAGAAGCCAGUGGGAGAUUUUUGCCUGGGUAGUGGACCUCUGGGAUGUUCUGACCCAAGAGGCCUAUUGAUGCCACUGAUACUUGGAAAAAGCCAGGUGUCCUGGAUCGCAACACCCUCUGGUGAAAUGUCCCUGUGAUAAAAUUGUUAUGCCCUAGCAAGGGCAGCCAGGGGUGGAGCAGGCUAGCUGGAGAGUUUGGGGGGUGAGGGACGGUUAGGGAAGAUGGUGGGGAUUUUAAUCAAUGUAGUUUUGAGCUCUUUGGUCCAUAGAUGGAAUUGUUCAUGCUCCCAGAACGCGGGUCUAGUGCAUCACACGCCCUUUCCCUUUUCUUAGCUCUUGCCCACAGGGCUGACUCUGUGGAGGAGACAGGACCUCUCUUUUCCACUAGUGGAAACUAAGCGAUGGCAUGAGUGAUGUGGGAGAAGCUAGAACCUGGUGUUCAAAUCUCACGUGGUUCCUCAUGGGGAGGAUGAUUUUCUGGUUGUAACAGUUACCAAAAUCUUAGCCACAGCUUUCUGCCUUGGAUAUCUAAGAGCAAUUUCCUCUCUCCCCUUCCCCUUCCCCUUCCUUCCCAAGGUUGUUCAUUUGGCCUGAUGAUGAGUGAAGCCACCAGGGAGUGUCUUUGCACGGUUAAGUCGCUGAAUGGUAUUCUGUUUCCUCCAGACUGUGACAACAGCGCACUCAUGAAAGGAAUUGGGGUGGCGUGGAGAAGGCAGGGGGAACGCUUUAUUUAAAACAAAGCACUGCAAUUGCAGUAUUCGGUUCCAAGAGUCUGAAGGGCAUGGUGGGGAAUCCCUUUGUAAUAAUAUUGCUACCUUAAACUCCAGUAACUGCCCAACACGUGGCAGCAAAGCUCAGCAAGCUGUAGCGUUUUAGAUUCGUUCCUGGAGAAUACUACAGUUCAUAGCAAUGAGGCCAAGCUGAAGAGUCUGAAGUCCAGGGGCAUUUGGAUCAAUGGUUGUAUUUUAUUCUCCACCUCUAGCUCCGAGCCUGUCCUGAGAACCUCAUGGAUGGGACCCCUGCACCCGCAAUAGUGUGAUCAGGAUAUACAGUCAUAAGGGAGAACUCAGCCUGCCGGCCCACUAAGAAAAGAGCUUGCUAUCAGUGGGAGAAUAAGGACCUGGGGGGAAAUGUAACUGCAAGGCACCCAGGUCUGUGUGGGCAGCGAGGUGGUCACAAGUGGAUGGACGUCUGCUUAGGUUGCAGUGAGAAGUGCGAGUAGGCAGUCGAGUCAAUGAGAAGUACCAGUGAGAAGUCAAGUUUGCAUGUGGCGAUAGAGACAGGUGAGAGGGUGAAGGAGGAAGAGAGAGUAAGCAGCAUUUUCAUUUCCUGAGAGGGGCAGUCCCCAGCCCUGACAGUCAGGAGAGCCAGCACAAGCAAGAGGAAAGUCCCUCACUUACGUUGCCUUGCUCACAUAUUAGUGGUUUAGCAGGAGGGAGAAGGACUAACUAUUGUUGUGACGGGGAGAUAGCAGGGGGCUUUUCUUGCACACAUUGCUGGCUGAAGUGCAGAGGUUUUGGCAAGGAGGCAGGAUUUUGGGUUGGUCUUUAAGUGAGACAGGCCUGUGGGCAGGUGUCUGGGAGUGGUGGCCGGCUGCAGGCAUGUCUGUACUACACCAACACUUUGGCUUCCCUUACGUGCCAUUCCUGUGUGCCUGUGAGUAGUUCUUCAGAGCAGGACUACAGAGCUCUGUUGACUUAGUGCGGGGAUGCCUACAUGGCAACAAGGCAGCCCCAUGCAGAUACCAAGCUACCUCUGAAGCCACUAGCUGAAAUACCAGAAGCAGCACUGCUGCUUUAGUCUGCUGCCCCACUCAGCCUGCUAUACCGUGUUUUUCAGCAAGGUCCUCCUUCAGAGCUAGCUUGGGUGUCUUGGCAUGGCACGGUGCCAUGGAGGUGUACCCUAAGUGUCGGUUUUCUCCAGAGCAGCUACCAUAGACCCCAUGGAUGCUACAAGUGUCCGUGUAGUUGUACUCCCUUGGUGUACCAUGCUGUUGUACUCCCUUGAAAUUAUGGGUGAGCAUAAGGCAUCCUGUGCAGCAGAACCGAGGAUCAUUCGAGACACGUGUUAAGUGCUUUUGAUGCCCUGUACGUUCUCGGAGCCGUGUGGAUGAUAGCUGAGGUCCAGCAGACACUGGACUUGCAGCGUGGAAUCGAUGUGGCUAGAAGGCUCCGACAGGUAGCGACGAGGGAGUCUGGGAAGGCUUGGGGAAGUAUUACCAAGGAGUUAUAGCAGGAGGGGUUGGUGGAGCCAUGCCCCGUGGGACGAGAGCCAGGGUCCAGGAUACCCUGAUGGUGGCGUGGCCAGCUGGCUGAGAGGAGCCUACGCAGGCAGGCCCAGCGUGGUUUGCAGCUCCGACCUUCCCGUGAGGGCUUAGCCUUGCAGAGACUGCCCAAUUCGAAUCCAAAGCUCUUUCUGUGUUUAUAACUGUGCACUAUAUGCAGCAUGCUUCAGCACACGCAGGAUACAGUAUAUAGUGUGCAUUAGGCCGUGUGCUUGAGUGGCCGUGGGACACGGUAUAUACUAGGCAUGGGCACAAACGGGGCUCUCCAGCACGUCAGUGUGAACCAUCAGCCUCUUUUUUUUCCCCCCGCUUGAGAUCUGGAACUGUUAGUAUACCUGCAGCCUUCCUGUCAUUGGCUAGGACAGGAAGCGAUGUGAUCCCAUGCGAGAUUUUUCCCAGCGGUGUCUCCAGUCGUGUCAAAGCCAGGAUGAGAAUGUGUGACAUCUUAGGAUUUCUGGGCUGACGAACCCAGCGGUCUCAGAAAAGGCACGUGAAGUUGUGAUUUUUGGGUGUCCAAAGAAGGACACCUGAAAGGAACUAGAUUUUCAGGCUGUGCUGGGCAACCAUCCUCUGAAAAUCAGGCCUCUUUAAAGUGCCUUCAGUUGGGCACCUAAAAUAACUCGUCCCUUUGGAGCAUCUUAGCCAGAGAGACUUCUUGAAGUGCCCUAAUCAGCAAUCUAUACCGUGGCGCAGUGUGCUUGAUUGACUGUGCAUUGCAGUGCGUGCUGUAUGCGACACGGAGUCAGUGCCUACCCCAUACAGCCCAUGCUGCACGCAGCUCAUGGCUAUCGGGCGUGGGAUAUCCCACGCCAGGACCCCCUGCUUCCGCCUGCGUGAGUGGCAGGGUGUUUUCCAUGCUGUGAGGUAAAAUAGUCAUGGAUUUUUUUUUUUUUUAAAUCUUUUAGGUUUUUGUUGUUUUUUUUUUUUAAUGCACUGUGUUUUGAUUAAAAAAUUUUACUACUGUUUUAUAAAUAAUUGUACAAAAGAAUGAACUGGAAUGGGUAAAAAAAAUUAUUAAAAUAUAUUUAUUUACAACCUA